AUGGAUACCCGGACGUCGGCGUCCGAAUCCAAACAGUCUUAUCCCACCCAGGUUUGGAGCACCGCGGCCGCUGCGCCAUCAACCUCUAGCAUCGCAGAUCAACCACAGGAAUCCUCGGCUGCUCAGACCGUCUCCUUCCCUCACCUCGAGUUCCUACCGCUUUGGAUCCCUCAGCAGUCGACUAUAUACCACGCACAACUUCUCCACUACAACAAGCUCAUCUCGCCCACGAGGGGUGGUGGCCUGCAGACGCCGCCACUCCCUCCCGUUGUCACCUCGCCUCCCGUUCAGGCCGCGCCCAGAUCGCGUACCUCUAGUAGGGCAUCGCUCAAGGAACAUACGCCUGCCAAGUUGACCACGACACCGGGAAAUGGGAACCGAUCAAGCCAGAACGCUGACAAGAACCGUUUGGUUAUAACCCCCAAAGACACUCCGGCCAAGAUGCCUGCCAGGCCAGUCGCCGACUCGUCCAAAAAUUGGGCGCAGCGAGCUGCCGGUCUCUCCACAUCGCCUCACGCCCAGGCACAUUCGAGUUCCGUCCCGUCCACGCCGCACCAGCAUGCGAGACAAUUUUCUUUCGAAUCCCGCGAUCCUUCUCCGAAUGCCGGCACAAACCAUUCACCCCGUUCUGCAUAUUCGGAAACGAAUAGCACACUACCCUCCCUGCGUCCCCUGCCGCCACGUCUCGGUGGUUGCAAGUAUGAGACUGCUCAGAUAAACUCCAGAAGGAGAAUACCAUACUCCGUCGGCGGCGAGCGUCUUGAGAAGCUCGAUAUGCGCACUGUGGCCCCUAAGCUGGGUGACGAUGAGGAAGAAAGGCUGACCAAGGACAUGAAUGAGAUCUAUGAUAAGCUCCUCCCCACCGAACAAGUCGAAGAGAAUCGAAAACGAUUGGUUCGGAAGCUCGAGAAGAUCUUUAACGAUGAAUGGCCAGGCCAUGAUAUCAAUGUGCACCUGUUUGGCUCUUCUGGCAAUCUACUCUGCUCAGAUUCCUCCGAUGGUACACCUCCCACCAACCUCGUGUUCUACGCAAAACCACUAACGUCAACAGUUGAUAUUUGCAUCACCACACCUUGGCGCGAGCUAGAAGGCGUCUGCAUGAUUGCUGAUCUGCUUGCUCAACGAGGGAUGGAAAAAGUUGUUUGCAUCUCUGCCGCCAAGGUACCGAUUGUCAAGAUUUGGGACCCAGAGCUGGGCCUUGCCUGCGAUAUGAAUGUCAACAAUACCGUUGCGCUCGAAAACACUCGAAUGCUUCGCAACCCUGCUGUGCUGCCCGCCCUGCACCAGUUACCAUACAAGCUAAAAAAGCCCGACGGCUCCGUUGGUGACUUUGCCGACAACAUGAAGAAAAUCAAGGGGUACGGAAACAAGAACAAAUCAUCCGAAGCCGAAUUACUUUUCCAGUUUUUUCGAUUUUAUGCACACGAAUUUGAUUACGAUAAACACGUCCUAUCCGUGAGACUCGGUCGACUCCUGACGAAAUCGGAUAAGAAAUGGAACUACUCCCUCAACAACCAACUCUGUGUAGAGGAGCCGUUCAAUACCUCACGCAAUUUGGGUAACACCGCCGAUGAGUUUUCAUUUCGUGGGCUCCAUCUUGAGCUUCGACGAGCAUUCGACCUUAUUUCUCAAGGAAAGCUGCCUGAAGCAUGCGAACAGUUUGUCUUUCCUAAGGAGGAGGAGCGCGUGUGGUCUCGACCUGCUCCCCAGCCUCGCCCUGUACUCCUGCGAAGCUCUUCACAAUCGCAUUCCGGCCGAGGUGGUCGUGGCAAUCAUAGAGGAAAUCGCCACAAUAACAACUUUCGCGGCGGUGGUGGCUCUAACAGACGCGCCUCGUCAAGCAUCCCGGCGACGUACGACAACACCAUGUUUAUCCCCCCUGUCAAUAUGGCGCAGGAUUUGUCAUGGUACCAAAACGCACAGUUCCCGUUCCAAUAUACCCAGCAAGAUUUGGUCUCCCAGAUGGCAUAUCAUCAGCAGUAUCAUAUUCUGGCCAACUCGCCUGUUUUCUUGCAGCACCAGAAUAUGGCCCAACAGCAGCAGAGAAUGUCUGGUAGCUCAAGUUCCGGCCAACAAUCGUCAGAUCGCUCGAGGACGAAUUCAUUCGAUACAGCACCCACAUCAGCUCCCAUUCGACCUGAAAUUUAUGCCAUGUAUAACAUGGGUCUAGGUCAUACAUUCUACCAGCCUGUUGCCCAAGGCUAUGGCACUUAUCCCUCGUCACCGGUGACUACAAGUCAUUCCACGCAAGAUUUCCGGCGUUCACUGCAUAGAUCAGCGACUGCAGAGGCUGGCAGUGCUUCUAGCAGCUCACUUAGAUCACAAUCACAGCCUGCGUCUCGGUCACAAGCCCAAGCCACACCUCAACUACCAGCAUCAUAUAGCAUGACAGGGCAUCCAUCUGCAAGUCCAUCAUUUUAUGCGAAGAGCGCAAACGGAGUAGCGAUUCCGAGCUUUAUUUCCGACGACACGGAUUUUGACGAGACACCCAAGGCUACGACGGAGUCCCCGACAUCGGACGAUGCGCAAUCCGGCGGAUUUUUCAUGGCUCGAAGUGUUAGCCCAGGCAAGCAGCGUGCAAGCCAGCAGACAGUCCCAUCAGGUAUUGCCUUUGGCGAUAUGGCGUCUGCAGGGACUGGUCCGCGCCGACCCUCCACGGACCAACUGCCCCAGACGCUUCUCGAUAGAAGGAUGAGGAGAGCUUCACGGUCGCCAUCUCCUCUCGGUCAUGCACGGGCACAUUCUAUUGGUACAUCGUCUGCGCCGCUCCCUUCAGCGCCGUUUCCUGGCAACCAAGACAAGGACAACUCACGACCACUUGUCGUGAACGGUUCAGGUGGCAAGGCUGCGAAUUACAAUGCCCCUGCGUUUGUGCCGAAUCAAGAGUUUGCACCUCCCAUUGGGCUAGGCUUUGAAAACGCGCUGCAGAUUCAGCCACCCGCCAUAAAUCUGCACCUUGGAACUCAUCCGGCAAGCGCAGGAUUGAUGGGCACUGUUCCGAUGAAUCUGCUCCAGGACUUUUCGCCAGUUGUCAAUGGAUCAGGCAGGUCGUCUACCCUACCCCCAGCAGACGAUACCUCCUUUAGAGAGAGAAUUGCGUCGAUGCAUCCGUACUACCCAGGCUUUGCCAGCCUGCCGCAGGACGGAGACAACCGGCUUAACAAGGCUCCGAUGAUGGAUAUGGCACAUCUCUCUCCCGUGUACGAGACUCGAACUCCGUCCCCUACCAUGCACAGGAAGAGUGACAGUGGCGCUGCGCACGAUAUGCCACUACGGCCGAGGCAUGGUGGGGGAACUGAUGCAAAAAAGUCUCCAGUGACGGACAAGCACCCGGCAGGGCAGGAAAGCCAGAAAGGCAAGAGCCUGAAGCCGAACCCAGCGGCUCAGAGAUCCAACCCGCCGCGGGAAAAUGGACACGUCCGCGGCGCAAAGAGCGAAAACGAUGGUGGCUGGCAGAAAGCUGGGAGGCGGAAGAAGGCCCCGAGUGGGCUGAAUGUGUCAAGCGAGCAGCCGCCCAAGCAUGAAUCGGAGCGCAAAGGGGGCUGA